AUGGAAGAGGAAACAAACAAAGGCGUUUACUUUUUCUCUACUACCAAUUUGUUCAGUAAAAUAGAACCAGCGAUAAAGAGACGUUGUUAUGGACUGUUUAUUGGCUAUCCAAAAACUAAAGAGGCCAUUGCAUCAAUAUAUCUUGACAAUUUGGCCAAUUUUGAGAAUACAGUUAGCGACGAAACCAUAGAAACUUUAGCAACGGCCAAUGAUAAAUUUCUCUCGCCUAGCGUCAUUGCGAGCAUAGUCAAAUUGGCUUCCACUUUGGCCAAUACGAAUGAUAAGAUUCGUAGAGUAAAAAAUCACUUGUACAUUCAAGAUCCUAAUGGUCCCUAUACGUUUGCCGAUGUUUCUAAGGAUGAAGAGAAACCUAUCACAAAGCAAAUUUUAGAAAUUGUACCCAUUAAUGAUAAUCAUCUGAUAAAUGCGCGGCGUGUUAUACCAUCUGCCAUUACGGCUGGAGAACUAGAACGUUAUAAAGACGAGGCCAAAGAACUAUUGCAAUUGGAUAGGGGGCACACAGUCGUCCCAAUCGUCGUCUUCUUGAGGCCCCUGUUGAAUUGGCUCGUCAUUGUUCCAUGUCGCUUGAGGCCCCUGUUGGAAGACGAGCCGGUCCAAUUUUGUUUGAGACCCAACAACUAUCCGCCGGAUAUUAUCAUUGAGAAAUUUAUCGAUUGCGAUGUGACGGAAAUGAUUGAAUGUGAUGUUAAUAAUCAAAUGGCCUGUUUUUCUUGUAAACAACUAAACGCUUCCUGUAUUCAUUUCGAACGAGAUAUGACUCUUCGUCUCUCCAGAGACAAAAGUGUCGUUACAUUAAAAGCGAACCGUGACGCUGCUAAAGGCUAUGACAUAAAAAAAGAAAUAAUACAUUUGAAAGUAUUUCUUAUACUAAAACAAACCAUUCCAUCCUGA